AUGGCCGUGGCACCCAACGCCGCGGCCCCAUCCGGCGGGUUCUGGGUGCUUCCCAUGUCCGCGAGCUUGGCCGGCGCGGCGCGGUCGGCCGAGCAACCCAUCAGCAGCAGCGGUUUCACGAGUGUUAACCCUAGUAGCGCCGCCGGCCUCCCCCGCCGAGCCGAGCACCAGCGCCCCCUGCUCGCCCCUAGUUCGGCCGCAGCUCACCCCCAAGACCGGCGACCAGCACUGCCGGCUCGCCUUCUCCGCUGGCCGCCCCUGCUCGGAAUCUGCAGUGAAGGUCCCGGUUCUGGCCCCCUGCUCCGAAUCUGCCCGAAGGUCGCGGUCCCCGUCCAUCUCCCCCUCGGAAGGAUCUGCACUGAAAGGGGACAUGCGCGCAGGGAGAAGAAGUUAUGUCAAUAUGGCCCUCCACAUUGCUUGAAAGAAAUGGAAUUCAUGUUUGAGAAGAGCCCUGUCUCAGGGCUCUCUGCAUGCAUUCCCGGUGAAGAUGCUAUUGGAGAGAGCCAACCCACUGAACCCAGUGAGCCUUUAGAGGAAAUUGAGCCGGAUCAAUUUACUCCAAAUGCAUGCAUUUCCGGUGAAGAUGCUAUUGGAGAGCAACACACUGAACCCAGUGAGCCUUUAGAGGAAAUUGAGCCGGAUCAGUUUACUCCUGAUGCUAUUGGAGAGAGCCAACCCACUGAACCCGGUGAGCCUUUAGAGGAAAUUGAGCCGGAUCAAUUUACUCCAAAUGCAUGCAUUUCCGGUGAAGAUGCUAUUGGAGAGCAACACACUGAACCCAGUCAGCCUUUAGAGGAAAUUGAGCCGGAUCAGUUUACUCCUGAUGCUAUUGGAGAGAGCCAACCCACUAAACCCGGUGAGCCUUUAGAUGAAAUUGAGCCGGAUCAAUUUACUCCUUCGUCAAACCGCAACAAGAGGAAGGGAAAAUCUAGUAGCCCAUACAAGAAAGGGAAGACCCUACGGUGGAUGAUGUGA